CACUGUUAGCGUGUUUGGACGAUCUAACGUCCUGUAGGAGCAGAAUAAUACUUAAAAAGAUUUCACAGUGGACUUUUAUUUCCCAUCUUUAACUCCGGAAUGUUUUUAAAAUGUCCGGGUUUCAGGAUCUUUCAGUUUUUCCUGUGGAAGUCCAUCAACUUUCAGUGAGUAAAGGAAAGCUUUCCAGUGAGCAGCAGGAGUGGAGCUCCAGUCUGAACCAGGAGAUAACCAUCAAAGAAGAACCAGAGGAACUGUGGAGCAAUCAGGAGGGAGGUCAGCUUCAAGGACCAGAUGAGGAUGAUAUCAUCAAGUUCACAUUUGUUCCCGUCCCUGUGAAGAGUGAAGAUGAUGAAGAUGAUGAACCUCAGUCCUCUAAUCUUCAUCAAAGAAAACCCACAGAGAUGGAAACAGGAGGUGAUGGAGAGUAUGGAGGACCAGAGGCAGCCAGACACUUUAAUCCAGAGAGUGAUUUACAACCAGAGAUUGAGGUCAAGAUUGAAGAUUCUUCUGAAAUGGGGACUGAUGACAGUGCUGAUUGGUGGGAGUCCAGCGAACACCAGUCAGGAUUAAAUUCAGUGGAAAACAUUCAAACUGAAGAAAGAAUGACUGACAAGAACUCACAUUGCUGCUCUGAGUGUGGUAAAAGUUUUGACUAUAGAAGUCAUCUAAUGCAUCAUAUGAGAAGUCACACAGGAGAGAGACCCUUCAGCUGCCCCGAGUGUGGUAAAGGCUGUAAGUACAAAAGUCAUCUAAUAUAUCAUAUGAGAACUCACACAGGGGAGAAACCCUUCAGCUGCUCUCAGUGUGAUAAGAAAUUUCAUGUUAAAGAUGCUCUAACAAGACAUAUGAGCAAACACACAGGAGAGAAGCCCUUCAGCUGCUCUGUGUGUGAUCAAAGAUUUACCCAUAAAUGUAACCUCACACAACAUAUAAGAAUUCACACAGGUGAGAAACCCUUCAGCUGCCCUGCUUGUGGAAAAAGAUUUAACAAACAAGGACAUAUGACUAGACAUAUGAGAAUCCACUUGGAAGAAAAACCCUUCAGCUGCACUGAGUGUGGUAAAAGAUUUAGCCAAAAAAAUAAUCUUACGGAGCAUGUCAGGAUUCACACAGGGGAGAAACCCUUCAGCUGCUCUGAUUGUGGUAAAAGAUUUAGCCAAAGCAGAAGUCUAAGUAGACAUGUUUUAGUGCACUCAGGAGAGAAACCCUUCAGCUCCGCUGUGGUCAAAGAGUCAGAUUAAAAUUUGAAACCCAGACAUUUUCCCCUUUGGAAGGGAAACUUUUUGUUUGAAAAGUAUCUGUUGGGUUGAUUGAUAAGCUCUUAGACCAACGUCUUGAUGAUCAGAUGAUGGAGAGCACAGUAGAAGAAAUGAGACAGCAGAGUUUAUGGCUGUGAACAGUCCAGGUAGAAAGACACAGCAGUGAUGUAGAAUGUUAAUUCCUGAUUGUCUCAUAGCAGAUUCAGUCUAAAGAACACAUCUUCAACUUAACACAAAGAUGCAGGAUUUUAUAUGUAUUGAAGUGGCACUGCAAAUGUCACUGCUCUGCACUGCUCCUCCAUCACCUCAUUUACUAGUGCUGCACUUUGUAAAUUUUGGUAAUUUUUGUACUUCUUUUAUUCAGAAUACUAAUUUAUACUAAUACCGUAUGGUACAAAAAUUUUCUGACAUAUUUUAGGUCAAAAAUGGCUCUGGUGUAAGUGACUAAUAAAGUAUUACACAGACUGCAAGAAUGACCAGUUUUAUGCGUAUCUUUACAAGAUGGCAGAGAGAGAAAGUAGGGCAGGCACAGUUUAACAGUGAAGUAGACAGCACCAGUCAUCUAUUCAGUGUUAGCCUCAGCCAUCAGGGGGGAAAUCAUGUCUGCUACCAACGAUAACAACAAUUCAUUCACCGUAAUACCUUUACAUCCUGUACAGGGGAACAAAACAGGCUACAACAUAUUCCAUGGAGCUACUUUUCCAUCAGAGCUAUAACUAAUGGAGGUUAUGUUAGAUGUCACUAUGGUGGGUGGCUCUGUGUAGUAAAAACAAAACACACUCUUGACCUUAACCUAUUAGUGCCCAGAGUGAACUUAAUGCCCAGGAUAAUACUUAAAUAUUAUUGAUUUGGUCACUGUCCAGUUUGGUAAUAAUGUGAAGAAACUCCCCACAUUUUUUAGAGAGUGCUUUUAUUAAACAUUUUCCCCAGCUUAGUUUUACAAUGGAUGAUUUCGCUUCUUGGGGGAUUUAUUGAGGUUGAACUAAUGAAGAGAGUCCAUUUUGCUCAUGAGACAUAUCCACUACUACUUCUGCUAAUGCUAUUACUACUAAUUAUAUGAAUGAAACAUAAUUAUAAUGACAUACCACUACUUUAUAAUUAGGAUGCAUAAUGUUGAACUUUUGCCCAACAUUUCCAAACUGUUUUUUUUUUUUUUUUUUUUGUUAAUACAGGUAUAAGCAUGUACACUAAAUAAGAAUGUGCCUGCUUCCCUUUUUAUGGGGCUCAUUCUUUCAAUCUUCUGACUGAACAACAGGAUUGCAGGAUUUCCACUGACAGUCCAGACAAAGUGCUUGAAAUAACAUAAACCUUUCUUCUAAAGUACAUAGAAUAACACUAGCUGUAGUUCAGAGAUAAAACACUUAAAUCCUUGACACAUUUUACUGUUUGAACAUUAUAGAGGAUCAAAGAAAAUAAACCUCCAGCUGAUGUAUGUCAUUUUUCUACUUAAAAGUCACCAAACAUGAUAAGACAAAUUCAUCUUAACUGAUAGAUUUUUGUACCGUGUUAUACUUGUGCUGAACAAAAAAAAUCCUCACCGGAUAUGUGCAUUUUGUGAAAAUGUGAGAUUAUGAACUCACCAGGAGGCCGCCAUGUUGUAGACCGCUGAGUAGAGUGAUGUCAUCGGGCUUCAGCAGUCCUCUGCUCGUAUGCACAGAUCAGGUUUGUGGUAUGGUGCCACUAUUUCCUUUUUUAAACACUAUUGAAGGUGAAUGGGGCUUUGUGUGUAUUUGUAUACAAAGAAAGAAAGCGUUCAGGUGAUCUUUGAGACACUGGGAUACGAUGACCAGGUGUAAAAAGCUGUACUUAGAGCUGUGCGAUGUCAACAGCCAGGAUCUACUGCUCACCCAGGUAGUCUCUCUCUCUCAGCAGGCGCUAAUGCAGACACUAUUAAAUUGGCUCCACACUCUUUACGCCUCUAUGACUAAAUUAAUUUUGAUUUAUACCGUGAAUAAUGUCUUUAUGGUUUUUCUCUACUCUAACAGUGCGAUCAUGUUGAUUAUAUAAGAUCUGAUGGGUGACUAAUGCAGGGAAAUAGUACAGGCAGAGGACUGCUGUGGCUAGAGUGAAGUGCAGACGAAAACUUCCUGGUUAGGUUUAUUGAAAUUUUUAGUAAACACUUGCUCAGAAUGCAGAUAUCUAUGUCUUUUUUGUUGUUGUUCCGUAUACAUAAAAUAGAUACAAAUAUCUAUCCAAUCUGAUAAAUUUGUAUGAUCAUGCAGGUUUUCUUUUUAAACUCUAAAAAAGAAUGCUUUAUCUAAGAAAGUGAAACACUGCUUUAAGUGAAUUGUACUUAUGUGUGCAGCAAAGAUCAUCAGAUAUUCUCAUAUAACAGUAAUUACCUCUAUUAUCUGCUGACACUGAGAUCACGCCUAUAAUACUGCGCAUCCUUUCUUAAAAAGCAAGGAGUAAUACUAAGUAUAUUGAAAAUGGAAAAAAAUUAUGUAAUUGUGCAUAAAUCAGUUCAGUUUGUCUUUAAUAGUGAGUUUGUUCAAAGAUGCACCCAAAACACAUCAAUAAAAACAGGCCGCUCUGCUCAGACUUUCCCUUAAAAUCACAACACAGACAAAAAUUUAUAGUCACUGCAAAAACUUCAGACAAAUCCAGUAUUUACACAUCACAUUCAUAAAGAAAACCACAUACCAGUUCAAUCACAACACAGACUUUUUACUAAUACUUUCCUCAACAUGCCUAGUACUGGUGCAGCAUCAAACCUGUAACAUACAACCAAAUCAUGCAACUAAAAUUAAAUUCCUGCAUCUUUUCUGAAGCUCAGUUUGGAGUGUAACAUUGCCUCACAGUACUCAGCAGCUGGUGUCUGCCACACAUUCCCUGGGGAGGUGUUAGCAGUACUAUCCUUUUACCUUGGCAGAUAACUACAGCAACAUUAGUUUAUGUGACUUGUGUCCAUCCCUGACUAAAGAAUGGUUCAAGGUUUUCAGUUAGGUCUGCAUACAGUCAUCAGCUGCUGCAUGUUUCUUGAUAGAGUUGUUGAUUUCUGUUUUUAUUCUUCAAUUUCACAACCUUGUUUUGUGAAGAGUUUGAUGUUUUAUUUAAG